AUGAACACAUUUUAUUCAAUGCAGACGGUGGAGCCAGAGAACGGGACCAAAGUUAGGGAGUCCUUCAAGAUUGUGUCGGAGGUGAAGAGGGACGUAUGGAGGGAUGGUGAAGAGGAGCGAUCAGACCCCUCCUGUCUCAGUGUCAGCAACAUCUCUUACACAGUCAGUGAGCGUGUGGGUCCAUGGUGGGACGUACCCUCCUACAGGAAGCGAUGGACUCGUCAGAUCCUCAAUGAUGUCUCCUUCCACAUAGACAGCGGGCAGAUCAUGGGCAUACUGGGCAAUUCAGGCUCGGGAAAGACCACACUGUUGGAUGCCAUCUCAGGGAGGAUUGGAAACUGUGGCACAUUGUCGGGUGAGGUCUUCGUUAACGGCAUGAACCUGAAGAGAGAAGAGUAUCAGGACUGCUUCUCCUACGUGCUGCAGAGUGAUAACUUAUUGAGUUAUCUGACAGUAGAGGAGACUCUGACCUACACAGCUCAGCUGGCCCUGCGGAAACACUCGGCUGAAGCCAUCAAGAAGAAGGUGUCGGCGGUGAUGGCCGAGCUGAGUCUGAGUCAUGUGGCCCACAGUGUUAUUGGAGGUCGUGUUUUCCCAGGGAUCUCCGGGGGUGAGAGGAGGAGGGUGUCCAUCGCCAGCCAGCUUCUUCAGGACCCGAAGGUGAUCCUAUUGGAUGAGCCGACCACCGGCCUGGACAGCAUGACCGCCAAUCAGAUCGUGGUGCUGCUGGCAGAGCUCGCCAGGAGGAACCGUAUCGUCAUAGUAACCAUCCACCAACCACGCUCCGAGCUCUUCAGGGUGUUCAGCAGGAUAGCUAUCAUGAGUCGGGGGGAGCUGGUGUUCUGUGGGCAGCCAGAGGAGAUGGUAGACUUCUUCAGCACGUGUGGAUAUGAGUGUCCAGAGUACUGCAACCCUUUCGAUAUCUAUGUUGACUUCACCUCAGUGGACACACGCAGCAGUGAGAGGGAGGCAGCCACCUUCAGUCGCAUGCAUGAGAUCACCUCAACCUAUCAGAGGUCUGCCAUCUACCAGGGCAUGCUGGGAAAACUGGAGCACAGCCUGCAGCGGACAGACAAGCCAGCCAUCCCCUUUAAGAGCAAAGAGUCACCAAGUGGUGCAGCCAAACUCGAAGUUCUGCUCAGGCGGACGGCAAGAAACCUGUCCAGAGACAGGAUGGGUGUUCUGAUGCGUUUGUCGCAGAACCUGAUCUACGGUCUCUUCGUGGCCUUCUUCGUGAUGCAUUUAGACAUGGACGUCAACAAGGGUGCUGUGCAGGACCGCAUUGGCAUCAUCUAUCAGAGCAUUGGUGCUUCGCCCUACACCGGCAUGCUGAAUGCUGUAGCUCUCUUCCCGGCGUUGCGAGCCAUCAGUGAUCAGGAGAGUCAGGAUGGUCUGUACAGUAAAUGGCAAAUGUUCUUGGCCUACAUCUUCCACAUCCUGCCCUUCAGCAUCCUGAGUGUUUUCAUCUUCACCUCCUUCCUUUACUGGACGGUGGGGAUGCACCCUGACACUUUGCGCUUCCUGUGUUAUUCUGCUGUGGUCCUGGUGCCACAUAUUAUAGGUGAGCUGCUGACUGUGGUGCUAUUAGGCGUGGUCCAAAACCCUAACAUGGUCAACUCUGGCGUUGCUCUGCUCAAUAUUGCAGGGAUCAUGGUGGGAUCCGGCUUCCUAAGGAGCACCCUGCAGAUGCCGGUGGUCUUCCAGUGGCUCAGCUACCUGACCUUCCAGAAGUACAGCUGUGAGCUGCUCAUAGUCACGGAGUUCCACGGGCUCAACUUCACAUGCAAUAAUUCCAAACCUUUGCUGCCGGGAGCCUGUAUGCUCACUCAAGGCAGUCAGAUCAUCGACGAGGGCUACCCCGGCGCUCUGUCCCGAUACACACUAGACUUUAUUCUCCUCUACUCCUUCCUGCCUGCUCUCCUGCUGCUGGGCAUGAUCAGCUUCAAGAUCAGAGACAAGCUUGUACGUCACUAA